AUGGACUUGGAGCAGUUGGAGACGUUGGAGGCAGAGACCACGGCGCCGCACACGGAGGAUGGUGCUCUUGCCUGGCCUGAGAGCUUGACGAUGAGUGAAGAGGUCCACUACUCACAGCAGUGGUGCGUGGAACUUGCGACAUUCAUGGUGGGCAAGAACCCGGCCCUUUACAUUGCCAAGACGGAGGGCGGCAGGGGCAGAUCUAUCCGGUUCAUUGAAGACGGUCAGCCCGGCGAGCUCGCCACCACGCCAACGAAGACCGAUUUUCCAUUGAUCAUUGUGCCAGCGAAGGAUGGUGAAGACGACGAAUGGGUGCCAACCUCGCCUCGAGAGGAUGGUGCUCUUGCCUGGCCUGAGAGCUUGACGAUGAGUGAAGAGGGCCUGACGGAGAUCGACUUCAGAGGGGCAGAGACCACGGCGGCACCGCAAACAGCAGCGGAACAGUCGGAGGAUGGUGCUCUUGCUUUGCCUGAGAGCUUCACAGCGACGAGUGGAGAGGUGAAUGUGCCGAGCUUCGACGGCAUCAACGAAGAGGAGACGCCGGACUGCCUCGACGAAGCCUUGGAGCAGAACGACCUGAAACGCUUGCUCCAGGGAGUCAAGGAUCUGUGUGGUGAGAUCGUCAAAAUGGGCGACGAGAUCCAGUUGUAUAGCGACCGCAGCGACAUGGUCAAUCUCGCCAAGUGCGACAGCACUGAUACAGCAGAGAAGCUCUUCACCAAGCACCCGGACCCCCUCUUCCAAGCGACCUGGGACCUAAAGAAGAAUGAAUUGGACAUCCGUGCCCGCAAGGCGUCCGCCGAGCGCCUCACCCAGGAAGUCCUGGAAGAACUGCACCGCAAAGGAGACCCCGAGAAGGUGGACGGGAAGCAGAUCUCCGACGAGCGCCUCGCUUCGCGGGAGCACUUCACGUCCGCCCUCGCGGAGUCGAAGGACCGGAUCGACCGCUUGCAGAAGGAGGGAGUUCCCGAGGACGAGGAGAUGAGUGAUCAGCAGCAACGCCAGGUGCUGGCUCGCCACGUCUCGGAGUGUGUGAAGAGCCGCGAUGAAGUGACGGAACGAAGAGGAGCGAUGUGCCUGGCUGAGAGCGUGUGCCCUGGCAUCCUCACUGAGAUCCGCGUCCAAAAGCAUCAGGCCAGCAAGGUGGAGGCGUGCGUGGCGCACGCGCAAAAGGCACUGGCAAAGGCAGAUGCCGACUUGGAGAAGCUCAAGAAGCACCAGGGCCGUCUGGACCAAAACUCCAAGUACUUGCAGAAGCUCUGCCGGGAGUACGACACGAAGGUGAAGCAGGACCUCCUGGUUGUUUGGGACGCUCUUUACCAUUUCGGCAAAGUCACCAAGGCUUGCCUCAACAACGUGUCCAUCCGGGAGUUCCUUUACGCGAUCGAGGACAAGACUCAAGAGGCCAUUACCGAGGCUGAGGACGAGAUGACCUUGGCCGAGCCUGCGUAUCGGAACGCCGUCCAAGCGGCGCACAGCGCCGCGCGCGAGGCGAAAAAGCGCGCCCAGCAAAUCCACGAGAAGUCCAAGGAAGCCGCGCAGCGGUUGAACGACGUGGUGAAGGAAGGGGCGCAGAAGAGUCUUGAGAAUGCGGAACUGGUGCGGCAACUGGCCGAGCGCAAACUCGUGGAGCGGCGACCGCUGCGCGGCACUGCGGUGGAAGCGACCCCAGAGAGGUGGUGCGGUCAUCAAGUUCAACUCCAGCAGCAUCUUCCUCAAGGAAGAAGUUUUUCUCAACGCUGGUGUUAG